AGUACUAAACAGAAAGUAGAGAAAUAUACAUUUAAUACUACAAUUUUGUUUUCUGUAAAAAUAUUUUGUCCCAAUUUAAACGUUAUCUGUGUACGAUUGACAGAUGUCAUCAGUAUUUUGAUUUUGCCAAAACGUUUGUGUAUAUAAUCUUUGACAUUUGUAGGUUGAAGUGGGAAACAUACGAAGUAUGUUAUUGAGGAGUAGUAAUUGAUUACUUUUACAAAACGUCAGUGUUGUUUUUUGCGUUGUCAUUCAAUAAUUUAUAGAUGAUCAUGUAUUAGUGAUGGCUCCUAAUUAUAGCAAGGUGUUGAAUAAAAAUAAGGCUCUUGCUGGAGCAGGAGCCUUAGGCGCAAUUGUACUCAUAGCCUUAAAAUAUAAAUACAAAAAUGGAAAAUUAAACAGGAAAAAAGUGAAGCAGAUUCCAGAAGAAGAAGUAAAGUAUCUAAUCUCAGAUAAAUUAGAAACAAAAAUAAAAGCACAAAUAGAUAGAAAAUUUUUUGUACAGUUAGGGCAAUUAUUUAAAAUUGCAGUUCCAGGAUGGACGAGUCAUGAAAGUGGGCUAUUCUUUUUAAUUGCUGCAAGUUUAAUUUCCAGAUCUAUCUGUGAUUUAUGGUUAAUUAGUCAUGGAACAAAAAUUGAGAGUGCAAUAAUUGCGAUGGAUCCAGAACUGUUCCGAAAGCGUCUUUUGUAUUAUUUUACUGCUAUACCAAUAAUUUCAGUAGUUAACAAUGUAUUGAAGUAUUCCAUAGGAGCACUUAAAAUACAACUCAGAACUAAUAUGACUCGACACUUGUAUGAAGAAUAUUUGAAGAAUUAUACUUAUUAUAGAAUAACGAAUCUCGAUAACAGAAUAUCGAAUGCUGAUCAAUUGUUAACAACUGAUAUCGAUAAAUUUUGCGAAGGAAUUACUGAUUUAUAUUGUAAUACAGCUAAACCUUUGCUGGACAUUGGUAUAUAUGUUUACAAAUUAUCAACAACACUUGGUGGAAGCACUCCUAGUAUCAUGUUAGGAUACUUGUUGGUGUCUGGAGUUCUACUGACGAACUUGAGAAAGCCAACAGCAAGGUUAACUGCAGUUGAACAAAAGUUAGAAGGGGAAUUCAGACAUAUUAAUUCCAGACUGAUAACUCAUUCUGAAGAAGUGGCUUUUUAUAAUGGUAACUCCAGAGAAAAAGCUACCUUAAUGGCUAGUUAUAAUAAGCUAUUGAACCAUUUGAGAAAAUUUUUGAAAUUUAGGGUAUUUAUGGGUAUUAUAGAUAAUAUUGUAGCAAAAUAUUUUGCUGGUGUAAUUGGUUUCUUUGCUGUGUCUUUACCGUUCCUGACUAAAGGGCACGAGUUUACUACAUUUGAUACAAACGAAAGGUCUAGGGUUUACUACACUUAUGGUAGAAUGUUAGUAAAACUAGCAGAAGCCAUUGGUCGUUUGGUACUUGCAGGAAGAGAUUUAACACGUCUGGCUGGCUUUACUGCACGUGUAACUCAAUUACGAGCAGUACUCCAAGAAUUGAACCAAGGCAAAUAUCAACGAACAAUGGUAGCGGGUGCAGAGAGCCUGACACCAAAUGGUGGAAAAUUAAUAUUCAGAAAUAAUAUAAUCAAAUUUCAAAAAGUUCCUUUGGUAACUCCAAACGGAGACGUACUUAUAAAUGAAAUUACAUUUGAAAUAAAUUCUGGCAUGAAUGUUUUAGUGUGUGGCCCCAAUGGUGCCGGUAAGUCAUCCUUGUUUAGAAUCUUAGGAGAAUUAUGGCCGAUUUUUGGUGGUGAACUUACCAAACCGCCUAGAGGAAAAUUAUUCUAUAUCCCCCAAAGGCCUUAUAUGACUUUAGGAUGUCUCAGGGACCAAUUAACUUAUCCUCAUUCUGGUGCUGAAGCGAAUCGAAGAGGAACAACUGACGCUAAACUUGAAGAAUAUUUGCAACGAGUACAACUAGGUUACAUUUUAGAAAGAGAAGGUGGCUUAGACGCUGUUGCCGAUUGGUUGGAUGUUUUAAGUGGUGGAGAGAAACAGAGGAUAGCUAUGGCUAGAUUAUUCUAUCAUCAACCUCAAUUCGCUAUUUUGGAUGAAUGUACCAGUGCUGUUUCUGUAGAUGUAGAAGGAAGUAUGUAUAGAUAUUGUAGAGAAGUGGGUAUCACUCUACUUACGGUAUCUCAUAGGAAAUCACUUUGGCAACAUCAUGAGUAUGUUCUACAUUUAGAUGGCCGUGGAGGUUAUAGUUUUAAACCAAUUGACAAUUGUGAUGAACAAUUUGGAUCAUAAUCUGAAUUAUAUGCUUAUGAAAUCUACAGUGAGAAAUAUAUUGAUUUGAACAAUAUGAAAUCACAAUUACUUGAUAUUGCACAUAUUAGAAAUAUCCUAUUGUCAUUAUUCAAAUUUUUUGUCAAUGCUUCAGAAUCCAUAUUCGAAAAUUUCCUUUUCAAGGUUAAUAGAAGUUAUUAAAACUUUUCUGAAAAAGUCAAAGGUCCUUGUUUCUAGAAAACAGAUUCUAAGAUUAUGUUUCAUAUGUUUAACAAUUGUGAUCAAAUAUUGUUUCAAAGAUCUGCAUUGUCAUCAUUUUUGUCGUUUAUCAUUAAUUUUAUCAUAUUAAAAGCUCCCUAAAUACACACAAUUGUAAUAGGUAUUUGACCAAUAAGUUAUCUAAUAAAUAAGAAGCCACAGGUGUUUGUAGCACCUGCGAUGAAAAUAUUUCAACAAGUUCCAAACUUGUUUGUUGCUUAUGAGUAAUGAUUUGUGAUUUCACUUUACAGCAUUGCCUCCUUUUUUUAAUUUUUCAAAUGUUAACAUAAUUAUAUUCUUCUAUUUAUUGAAUCUCACCUUACCUUAUUGAUAUUAUAAAAAAAAAUAGAGCAGCUUCACUAAAAAAUAAACAACAAUAUGAGAUUAACUCUGUCAAAAUUUACAUUUGGUAACUUCACUUCUAUAUGUCGAAUACCCAGGGCCGGAUUAAGAUUUAUAAGGCCCGGGGCUAGAAUAAUGACGGGGCCCCCUUAAGGAAUUCGGAAACCCGAAAAAAUUCACAAAAUAAUAUCAAUACGUUAGAUUUCUGGUAUCAACAUAUCAAAAAAUACAGAAUGAUGGGGCCCUAUUGGACCUGGGGCUAUAGACCCCCCAAGCCUCUAAGUUAAUCCGACCCUGCGAAUACCAAGGUAUAAAAUCUGUAAAGAAUCGAAUUUUGGACGAUUCUAAGAUGUUCAGAACAUCGGUGACAAACAAGCAAAAUUCCGGUUCUUAUUGGAGUUUCACACAAGUGUUACAUAAAAGUACCUGGGUAGUGUAACUAGGAAGUAUUUAAUCUUUGAUUUUAUUAAAAAAAAAAUUAAUGCAGUGAUAGUUAGAAAAUUUAUUUUUAUAAGCAUCACAUUUGCGAAGGUUGCUAGAAUAUAUCCGGAUAUUGCAUUUUUAGUUUACAGUGUAAGUCAUGAAAAAACGUUUAUUCUAAAAACUGUGUGUUUUACUAUACAGUAUUUGAAUAUACAUAAGAUUUUCAAGUACACUAUUGGAAUUAUUUGGUGGUCUAGUUAAGGUUGUAAUCUAUGUUCUCCGGGUUAUAUUUUGCAUUCAUUGAUAUAUAUCAAUUUAUCUUUUAUAUUCUUUAGGAAUUGUAGCAGUCACGAUAUCUUAUUGUAUGCUUACUGGAGAUUUGGUGCAUAGUCUAGUAUUGACAGAAAACAUUCUUACAUCACUUAAACAACUUGGCUUUGUGUAUUAUCAAAUAUCAUUAUGCACACCAUUGAAUAUUUUCGUUUUCAAGUGAUUCUUCUUUAUUGGAAUAAAAACUAAUUGAAUAUUUUACAAUGAUUCUAAAAUAUUCCUUAGCUAGGUAUUGCAAUAGCAAAAGCAUGUCAUAUUCAUGAUUGUAUGCUUACACUACGACUUCUGGAAUGUAAUGUGGUUUUCCUGCAUCUUAAAAUCGUUUUUUAUCAAGUAAAACAAUUCCAUUUAAAAAUGAUACUUAGAGUUAAAGAAUAUUUGACGUCAACAAAACUAUUUCAUGGCUUACGCUGUAUAUUUAAUUUUUGAAAACUAGCUAAAACUUAUAGAUUAUGUUAAGUAUUUGUUUAUCAUUCAGUGUUUCUUGGAUUAUUUCACAAUUGUUGAUACAGUACAGUAAAUUGAUUUUGUGAAUUUUUCAAUGUUAAUGUUGAAGGGCAAUUCCAAAAAUAUCAUUUAUCUGUAAUAAAAUAAAGUUUGUCAGGGAUAUAUUGAUAAGAUUUAGAAUUUGUAUCGACCCCUCAAAAUUGUUCUGUAAUGUAAUGUGUAGUUGGACAACGUAGGCUUUUGUUAUUUUGUUUCAAGAAAUUUUAGUACUUACACGGACACUAAAACAGUAACUUAGUACGUUUUGAACUAGCUUCUUCAAUGACUUCUCUAUAUAAUAAUCAAUACAAAUGAUCUUAAAACCCAUCCAACAUAGUUGAGGAAAUUUAAAAGAAAAUAUUCCUUGUAUUCAAAACAAGAGGUAUUUUACAAAAGAUUGCAUUUAUAUAUUUUUAAGGGAGAAAAGAUAUAGAGUAUUUAUUGUGUUUAAUUGGAAAAAGAACACUUGAGCUUUAUAAAUAUUAGAUUAAUAGAUUUUAAACAACAAAUAAGUGAGCAUAUUCUUUUAUAUGUGAUAAAAUUGAUUCAAAAGCAGCAGGGAUAGGUCUUCCAAGAUUUUGACAUAAAAUUAUCUAUUUAUUUUUUGUUAUUCGAUGAUACAUUAUACAAUAUAACCUCUAUUAUAUUUUUGAUAAAUGUAUAUUGGUUUUUUUUAAUCAUAUGAAUAUUUUUAAGUUAUCAUUUGUUUAUGCAAAUGGUUACGGUGUUAGAUUGAUUCUUGCCUAGUGAAAAUUAAAAUAUGUUUCAAAUACUUUGUUUUAAUUUGAACUCUGCCAUAAUAAUU